GGAAUAAACGAUGACGCUUUUAUCAAUACAUCGCGAGACCCAUGAAGCUAAAUCCCCGUCAGGGCUCCGACCGCGACAGUCACUGCUGGCUCUUCUUCCGGGGUACACUCCCUCAUCGAACAUGGUUUCCUCGCAAAACCAGAACGAGCAUAAUGCAGGAACAAGGAUGGAAACUAAAGGUCAGAAAACGCCUGUAACACCCAGACAGGUUGUGAGUUUGGUUGCGGUGGGCGGUACGGACCUCAUCAACGGCAUGAUGAUUGGCUGGACCGCGGUUUUGCCCAAGCUCCAGGAGGACACCAGCAGGUACACGGUGACCGAGGACGACGUGUCAUGGCUUGUAUCUCUGACUUUUAUAAUGGGUUUCAUCGUUGCCCCAUUGGCCGGCUUCAUAGCGGAAUGCGUGGGACCGCGACGGCUGCUCGUGGUCAUAACGCUUCCCGUUGCUGGACUUUGGCUCAUACAGGCCUUCAGUCCUUACCUGUGGCUCCUUUACCUCGCGAGAGCUCUAAUGGCGAGCUGUGGCACGGUGGUGCACGUGGUCACGUACCCGUUGGUUGCUGAAUUAUGCCCUGCCCGAAUCAGAGGCGUAGCUGCAGUGGUACCAGAGGCGUUCGGCUGUGCAGGGAUGAUGCUGUCAUAUCUACUAGCUUCUUUGUUGCCUUGGAAAACGGCUACUGCAGUUUCUGCUGCCCCCUUCUUGCUCUUGUCCAUUAUGAUGCUGCCUGUCCCAGAGUCCCCAUACUGGCUAGUGCGAAAGAACAAGAUCAACGCAGCUGAGAAAUCUCUACGGCUGCUUUUGGGUCGUGACGGUGAUGUGGCUAAAGAACUGGAGGCAAUAAGGAGCACAACGACACUCAGUCAAAACGGAUUCAAGGACCAGGCGAGGGAGCUUUGCAAAGCACACAACGCGAGUCCAGUGCUGCUCACACUAAGCAUAUUUAUCCUGAGAGAACUCGGUGGGAAAGGGGCCGUGUUCGGUUACUCUGUGUACAUGUUCCGCAAUGCGGGAGUACAACUUGAUGCGUUCUACUGCACAGUAUUUGUCGGUGUUGCUCGCUUUGCAAGCACGUGUGCGUCUGCUAGCACUCUGGACCUGGUGGGGCGUAAACCACUCCUUGUGGCAGCAGCUGUGAUCUGCGCAGCGUCGGAUGGCGUCGCCGGAGCCUUCCUCCUCCUGGAGAUUGAAGGGGCUACAUGGAUGCCCCUGGUGUCCAUGAUAGUCUUCGUGAUUGGCUAUGGCAUUGGUCUGGGACCCAUUCCGCGGGCAUAUCUCGGUGAACUCCUACCAACACCCGUCAGGUCUCUAGGAUCUUCAAUAAUCAACUUCGGUUAUUCUAUUACUCUGUUCACUGUAAGCCUUGUGUUCCUGAAGGAGAUAUCUUACCUGGGGCUCGGCCAGACGCUACUUUUAUUCGGAGGAGCAAACCUGCUCAUCGUCCCGCUGGUGCUGCUCUUCAUUCCCGAGACGAAAGGGCGAACUUUGCAAGACCUGGAAAAGGCCUUCAAGAAAAAGAAAACCGUGCAAGCGGAAGACAACCCUGCAUUGGAAUCAGUGGAAAGCAAAGGAAACACUUCUCUGGAAAAUAUCACCGCAAUAAAAUGAAAAUGGUAGUUACGCUAUGUAGAAUACCA